AUGGCAUGCACUGAUUCCUUCCUUCAAUUCGACGACGACGUAUUUGCUCUAGAGCUUCAACUCGAAGAGAUCGAAGCUCAGCGUGAGCUUCAAUCCGGCAAAUGGACCGUGGAUAAACCCCCCGACUUUGCAUUAGCAUUCGAUGACUUCGAGGCCGAGCUAAAGAAGGCGCUCCUCCUAGUCGAUGAUCUAAAGUUCGCUCAUAGCAUUCUAAAGCUGUUGAUUCCGAUGCUUUGGCCAUCGAAGAAUUCAGGGUCGAGGAGAGACAAUGAAACCUUGCGAUCCCAGGAUGUCACCGAUUUGCCGGAGAUGUCUCCUCUCGAGGCGGAGCCGGUCGACUGGGAGCUUGUCCUGCGAGCUACAGAAUCUUCGACUUUCAGCAACACGUCCUGCAGCACCGUUGCGGGCCCUUCAACUCAUUAUACUCUCCGCCAGAAGGCUGUCCUUGAGCACUUGCCCCAACUCAAAGUUGAAUGUAGUGUUUGUGGAGAGUCCGUUCAUCCUCAUUUCACCGUGCGUUUGGUAUGCAGCGAUGUAUAUUGCAAGCCAUGCCUCAAGUCCUUCUUCCUGCGUGUUGCCAAGGACGAAACCCUUUUCCCACCAAAAUGUCACCGCCAACUGAUUGAAAUCUCGACCAUCGAAGCAGACUUCUCGGUGGAAGAGUUGACUGCCUAUCGAAGUGCUGAGCUAGAAUUUACUAGCACGGAUAGAGUGUACUGCGCCAGCUCGGAGUGCGCCAAGUUUAUUCCCAUGUCGCAACGAACCUCGGACUGUGCUUUCUGUGAGGUCUGUAGUGCUGGAACUUGUAUGCACUGCAAAGGACUAGCACAUGAUGGAGGGUGUCCAGCAGAUGAAGCAAGGCAGAGCCUCAUCAAUUUCGCGGUUGAGCAAGGCUGGAAACCCUGCUUUGGAUGCGGUGAAAUGGUGUUUCGAUGUAGUGCCGAGUUCUGCUACAGAUGUGGUGUAAAGUGGAAGGAAUGCCAAUGUGGUGACUGGGUGCCGGAACUCCUCGAUCAAAGAGCUGAGCAGAUUGUUGACAGAGAGGCACCAUGGCCUUUGGCACCUGCUGUUCGUCAACGGCGCGUGGUAGCUAUGGCACAGGAACUGCAAAUAAACCAUGAGUGCGACCAUAGUGGCAAGUUCACUAGACUUGAAGGAUCGCGCCGCGGCAAGCCUGCGAAGACUGUCGACGCCACAGAGUAUAAGAUCUCCGAUCUGUCGUCAUCGAAGAAACGGCCCCAUCAAAUCAUACAUCCUCCACCUUAG